AAUAUAUGAUAUAGUUGGUGGAUCGGCGGCGUUGGUUGGCAGUCUGAGGCGUCGUCGUCAAACCUCCUCCUCUCCCAUCUUCUUCUCCGCCUUCUCUCUCUCUCUAUGGAGAGGUAUGAAAAAAUUAUUGGAGAUCCAAAGCCCUCUCCACCGAAUUCUUAUGGAGCUGUCGUUAUUGGAGGGACUUUUGACAGGCUGCACCAAGGACACCGUUUGUUCCUCGAAACGGCAGCGGAUUUGGCAAGGGAACGCCUAGUCAUUGGAGUUUGUGAUGGACCUAUGUUGAGCAAGAAAGAGUACGCUUAUCUAAUCGAACCUGUUGAGAAGAGGAUGCAAAGCAUAAAAGACUGCAUAAAGUCACUCAAGCCUGAGCUGAUAGUGUCGGCUGAGCCAAUUACGGAUCCUUUUGGCCCAUCUAUUGUUGAUGAAGGUUUAGAGGCAAUUGUCGUCAGCAAGGAGACAUUGCCGGGAGGAAUUGCAGUUAACAAAAAGAGAGCUGAGAGAGGUCUUUCCCAAUUAAAGAUUGAAGUGGUGGACCUCGUGCCAGAAGAAUCAACAGGGAACAAGAUAAGUUCUACUGCAUUGAGAAGACUUGAGGCUGAAGAGGCCAUGAAGAAGCAGCAACAGCAACAACUAAUCCAUUUAGAGUGCACGACAUAAAUACAGCACAGCUUUUACAAAACCAUAUAUUAGGAUUUGCAGAAGUUCUAUGAUAUGGAAUGCAUAUUAACAUACUUCUCUACACAGCCAAGGCAGACCAAUAUACAGUGACUGGAGUUACUAGACCUCCAGCGAAUAUUGUAGUUCUAUUGGUUAUUUUCCCUAUCCGUAUUAUCUGAUGACCGAUUCACAAUGAUACUGAUGCCAAUGAGAAACGGACUACUGUUUACGCACUAGCAUCUGAGUUGUUUAUUGCUUUUGGGCUGCCAAAGUCUGUGAUAUGUUACUGCCAAGCAUGCUUGUAAGAAGGGCCCUCCAUGGCUGUCACAGGAGGCUCCUUCACAAAUGCCCAAUUGGUGCUGGUCCACCUGCAGGGUCACGACAGGCAGAUUGUGAGAUCCAAAUACUGUAUACAAAUUACAGAAAGCCAGUAAACUGAAAGUAGCUUGAAGGAGCUGGAUUAUAAUGCAACAGAUAGUCAUUAUAUGCCAAAGUAAUUGAAAAAAUAGUAAAGCACAGGAGUACUUGAUGAAUGGAGUGAGGUGGAUUAAACAAUACCAGAAAGAAUGAGAAUCCAUGAAAAAGCACAAGAUUGUCUGGUUUUCUGUUCA